UAAAUUGCCUUUACCCUUGUAGCUGUUGCUGCUGUCCAAUUCAUGAAUUUCUCCGCCCACUUCACUUCAUUUCACUAGCCAGAGCCAGACUUCCAGCCUGCGGAUACACCUAAAAAAACCAACCAAUUCCUACCUCGUUUACGUCGUCCUCCCUACCUUCUUCUACCUCUGCAUUCUACUUAAACAAAUCUCUCGACUCAGGAUUCGCUCGAAAAUGGCUUCCGCAGUUAUCUCCCAGUCUUUGUUAUCAUCUCUCACUUCUUCACCAUCGAGAAAUCCUAAGAAGAGCGUUGAUACGCCUCUGCCUUUCUCUGUUUCCUUGAAGGAACCUCGUGUUAUCUCCAGAUCCCAUGUCGUCUCGACCCAUUUCAAGAAGGCCCACAAAAGCUUUAUUGCCAACUGCGCUCCCUCCCCCGACUCUGCAGAAACCCCAAUUGAAUUGAAGUACCCUGCAUUUCCCACAGUUAUGGACAUUAAUCAGAUUCGUGAAAUUUUGCCUCACCGAUUUCCGUUUUUGCUUGUGGAUAGAGUGAUUGAGUACAAACCUGGCGUGUCAGCUGUGGCUAUCAAGAAUGUGACCAUAAAUGAUAAUUUCUUUCCUGGGCACUUCCCUGAGAGGCCGAUUAUGCCUGGCGUGCUAAUGGUUGAGGCAAUGGCUCAGGUUGGUGGCUUGGUUAUGCUACAACCAGAAGUGGGAGGUUCACGUGAUAAUUUCUUCUUUGCCGGAAUUGACAAAGUGCGAUUCAGAAAGCCAGUAAUUGCAGGAGACACCUUAGUGAUGAGAAUGAACCUCAUCAAGCUGCAGAAACGCUUUGGAAUAGCAAAGAUGGAAGGAAAAGCAUAUGUAGGGGGCGAAGUGGUUUGCGAGGGUGAAUUCUUGAUGGCUAUGGGGAGCGAAUGAUGCACCAGAACACCGUCAUAUUUUUGCAACACCAAUUGAUAGUUUUCCUCUUCCCUUUUUAUUUUCUCAUCCUUGUAUGUUUAUUAUGCGGAGAAUGAAGACUGCUUUACCAUUGUCUAGGAGCUGGAGACUAAUGUUCAUUCGAAAACUCAAAAUUUUAGACUUGUAUUGCUCAAAUUCCCAAUUCAUCGAUUUUCCUUUCCUCUGA